AAAAAGAAAAAUUAAUUAUGAAAUCAACAAUAUUAAAUGUAUUAAUAAUAACUUUAUACACACUAUAUGGCUAUUGUAGUGGUGGUAUAGUAAAACAAUUGCCCAUUAAUGGUAUCGGGUUUAACAACUAUGGUAUGUUACGGCCACCCGUUCCUGACAAUCAUAUCCAAACAUUACCGGACAAUUGGUUUGACCAACGAUUAGAUCAUUUUAAUACAAGCGAUAGCCGUACAUUCAAACAGCGUUACUUUAUAAACGAUAAAUAUUACAAAACCGGUGGACCAGUGUUUCUAGUAUUAGAUGGUGAGGGAGAGUCCAGUGACUACUUUAUAACUAAGGGUGCCGUUGCCUUAUAUGCCCAACAGUUUAACGCAUUGACCAUAGAGUUGGAGCACCGAUAUUAUGGCCAUUCGGUGCCGACAUCUGAUCUAUCGUUAGACAACUUGAGAUACCUGUCCAGCGAACAGGCUCUCAAAGAUAUUGAACAGUUUAUCAUGAAAACGACCGAUAGUUUAUCGCUGGCCAGUACUAGUAAAUGGAUAGCAUUUGGCGGAUCGUAUGCGGGAGCACUGGCCGCUUGGGUACGCGAAAAAUAUCCGCAAGCAGUGGCCGGUUCGGUGGCCAGCAGUGCACCGGUUGGUGUUAGCUAUGAAUUCAAUCAGUAUUUCGGUGUCGUUAGCGAAGCAUUGGGUACCAUAUGUACCAAACCUAUCAGAGAGGCUGUCCAUCAAUUAGCGGAUCUAUUGAAGACACCGGAGGGCAGGCAGUCUAUAAGCAAACAGUUCAAUCUGUGUACGCCAUUGAACGGUACAGACCAGCCGUCGGUUCAACUAAUGUGGUUUAAUCUGAUUGUACCGUUUGCUGUGGCCGCCCAACACAAUGGUAAACCCGGUGUAAUCGGUAUCCAAGAGGUAUGCGAAGUGAUGGCCUAUAAUAAGGACGGAUCGACACCAUUGCAGAGAUGGUCGAAAUUGCACAAACAGUUCAGCAAAGGCCAGUGUCUGUCCUAUGAUUACAAUGAAUCGGUUAAAGCCUAUAGAGAUAUAUCAAAAACAUCGCCAGUUGUCCAAAUCGGGAUGCGACAAUGGACUUACCAAACGUGCAAUGAGUUUGGCUUCUUUCAGACGACUGGCCUCGUGGACAGUCCGUUCGGUUAUCGUUCAGUACCGGUUGAAUACUUUCUGAAACAGUGUGUCGACAUAUUUGGCAAACAAUUUACUCCGCAGUCCAUCCAGAAAGCAGUCAACAGGACUAACGCCUAUUACGGCGGUUUCCGACCUAACGUCACGAACGUAGUGUUUCCUAACGGUUCAACUGAUCCGUGGCACGCGCUGAGCGUAUUGAAGGACCUGAACAAUAGUACCCGUGCCGUAUACAUACAUGGGACAUCCCAUGGCUCGGAUCUAUUUCCACCGCAAACCACUGACCCACAGGAGCUGACCGAUGCCCGGAAAACCAUUGCAAAACAGUUGCAAUUGUUUUUGCAAUAAACAUUUGAAUAUA